UUUAUAAAGAUGCAAAGCAAAGGGUUGGCAAGAAGAGAUAACCGGUUCGUAGAAGAGGCGGCGGCGCGAGAGAGAGCUUGGCGCGUUUACUCUCUCUGCAAGCAUGGGUAUCUCCCGGGACUCGAUGCACAAGCGCCGUGCCACUGGUGGCAAGAAAAAGGCGUGGAGGAAGAAGCGAAAGUAUGAGCUUGGCCGCCAACCGGCUAAUACCAAGCUUUCUAGUAACAAAACAGUGAGGAGGAUUCGAGUGAGGGGAGGCAAUGUUAAGUGGAGGGCUCUUCGGUUGGACACUGGUAACUUCUCAUGGGGCAGUGAGGCUGUGACUCGCAAAACCCGUAUCCUUGAUGUUGUGUACAAUGCCUCCAACAAUGAACUUGUCAGAACACAGACCCUUGUGAAGAGUGCUAUCAUUCAGGUUGAUGCUGCCCCUUUCAAGCAGUGGUAUCUCCAGCAUUAUGGAGUUGAUAUUGGGAGGAAGAAGAAGGCUCCUACUGCUUCCAAGAAGGAAACAACUGAGGACGGUGAAGCCCCCGCAGAGGAAGCUAAGAAGAGCAACCAUGUGCUGAGGAAGGUGGAGAAACGGCAGCAGGGACGGACUCUUGAUUCCCAUAUUGAGGAGCAGUUCGGUGGUGGCCGGCUUUUUGCAUGUAUCUCGUCCCGCCCAGGCCAAUGUGGCCGUGCUGACGGGUAUAUCUUAGAAGGAAAAGAACUGGAAUUCUACCAGAAGAAGAUCCAGAGGAAGAAGGGCAAGGGUGCUGGAGCUGCCUGAGUAAAGCUUGCGUAGUUGCACUCCUGUUUUUUUAAUGUUUUGUCUAUUUAUGCGUAUUUUCUUUAGAUUUUAUAUAAUUUGAACUUUACUUUUGCUGGUCGUGUUCCAGAUUUUGGUAUGCAUUUCACCUCAGAAGAGACAACUCAUUAUUUGUGCUUGUUUUCUAUAUAAUCAAACUCUUUGAACUAU